AUGUUCGCUGCGCCAGCGGCGCGGGAACCGGUGGCCACGGACGGCGGCCGCUACGACGUGGAGCUGGCGCCGCGGCUGCGCGCGGCCGCCUACUGGGACGAGGCGCCGCAGGAGGUGCGCCGCUGCUCGUGGUUCUCCCAGGCCGCGCCCUUCGAGGAGGCGGCCGCGGCGGAGCUGGAGCGCGGCUACGUGGCCGCGGUGCGGACCGGCGCGUGGGGCGCGCGCGUGGCGCUGCCCGGCGGCGGGCAGGUGCUGCUGGCGGCGCCCGGCGACAUGCUGCACUUCCCGGACUCCCAACUGACGCCGAGGCCGUGCGCCGUGCAGCGCGGGGUGCACGGGUUCCCGAUGGAGGAGGGGGAGGCCGACAGGAUCGACCACCUGCUGUUCGUGGUGCACGGCAUCGGCUCCGGCCGCGACCAAGCCUUCAGGAGGUCCGCGCGCAACGUGGACGACUUCCGGAGCCUGUCGCAGCGGCUGGUGCGCGCGCACUUCGCGUCGUCGCUGGAGCGGGGGAGGUUGGGGCGCGUGGAGACGCUGCCCGUGUACUGGCACGGCGUGCUGCGCGGGGAGACCAUCGGCCUGGACGGCAAGCUGCGCAAGAUCACGCUGCGCAGCGUGCCCAAGCUGCGCCACUUCACCAACCACACGCUCACCGACAUCCUCUUCUACACCAGCCCCGUCUACUGCCAGGUGAUCAUGGACACGGUCGGCAACGAGAUCAACCGCGUGUACGGGAAGUUCCGCGAGAGGAACCCCAACUUCGAGGGGGAGGUUUCCCUGGCGGGCCACAGCCUCGGCUCCGUCAUCCUGUUCGACCUGCUCUGCAACCAGAAGGCGCCCGACAGCGACUCCGAGGAGAACUUGACCAUCCCCGCGGAGCCUCGCAGGCUGAGCCAGCGGCUGAGGUCGCUGAUAGGCAAGGCUGGGGCGGGGCAGCUGCGCAUCACCUACCCCCAGAUCGUGUUCCAGCCCAAGAUAUUCUUCGCUUUCGGUUCCCCCAUUGCCCUGUUCGUGACCGUGCGAGGCAACGAGAACCUGGGGGAGGAGUUCGCGCUGCCCACGUGCCCGGCCUUCUUCAACAUCUUCCACCCCUUCGACCCGGUGGCGUGCCGCGUGGAGGCGCUCGUCAACCCGGAGCUGGCCUCGCUGGAGCCGGUGCUCGUGCCUCACCACCAGGGCCGCAUGAGGCUGCACCUGGAGCUGAAAGAGGCGGUGCGCAGCGCAGGCCUGGGCCUGAAGAGCAGGCUGGUGGACUCCGCGCAGAGCGCCUGGAACGCCCUCUUCAACGACGGAAGGAACGGCGCGCUCCAGGACCGCGAGGAGGACGAGGAAGAGGACGAACCCGACGAGCGCCAGGCCGCGGCGCCCCCUUGCAGCGCGGGUCGCGGGCGGCUGAACGGCGGCCGCCGGGUGGACCACGUGCUGCAAGAAGCCCCCCUCGAGCUGUUCAACCAGUACGUCUUCGCCGUAGCCAGCCACCUCGUCUACUGGCGGUCAGAGGACACGGCUCUGAUGGUGCUGAAGGAGAUGUACGCCUUGAGCGGUGUCUCGUGCGACUCUGACGGCGCGCGGGAGGCAGCCCCCGACUCUGCGGGCCGCUCCUGA